AUGGAAGCGCUCAUCCCAGAGAUCAAGCAAUUUUCGGACUAUGUGAGCGCUACGCAACGGGUUUCGUGCUCUUACGUCGCUGGAGCAACGAUGUUCUUAUACGACUACUUCUUGACGCUUGGAAUGGAGGUAGACUUGGUGUGGUCAUCGAACUGGAGCCUCAUGAACGUUUUGUUUAUCGCUCAGCGAUAUCUCCCAUUUUUGGAUGCAGCCGCGUUGUGUUUUGUCCCACAAUUUUCGACAACGAUAAACCCGUCCCAUUGUAAAAUAAUCGUGAUCAUCAGGAGCUGUAAGCUGUUGAUACUUACGGGAAUUGGCUUGUCAGAAUUAAUUUUGACGCUACGCGCGUGGGCGGUUUGGAAUCGGAAUGGACGAUUAGGAGCGGCGCUAUCGGUUUUCUUUUUUUCUAUGACUGCUGCUGGCUUCCUGGUCAUGACUAUUUUCCUACGUGGCAUAGAAUUCAGCGACAGACCCUAUCCUUCUUUUCAAGGGUGUUUUAUCACAGGCUCAAACAAGCUGGUCUACAUAACUUGCCAGUGGGUGUUGUUAAUGGUAUAUGAUGCGGGUAAGGGUAACCAACCGUGA